AUGGCCCGGAAUUCGGCCGGCCGCCCUCCCAUGCCCCAAUUACACCCGCUGACUCUCACCGGUACACUCACGAGCAUACGCAAUCCAAUAAAUUACAUAAUGUCAAAUUACAACAAGCACACCGCCGUCGAAGUGAGCCUGGAGAAGCGACCAGUCUGUCACCCAAGUGGCCGAGCCAACUCCAAACAGAUGCGGCCAGCGGCUCUGGGAUAUAUGGCCGGAGGGAGCGAGCGUCUGGCCAUACCCCGUGUGCCUGCCCUCGACGAAUCCAUUCAAACGCGUGGCUUCAGGUCUCUUAGGUUGCUUGACCCAAUCCCUAGUUCGACUGGGUUUAUUUACCAUUAA